AUGGAUGAAGAGAACAACCAACUAGAACAGGAAAUCACUUCUGCAGAUCAGGAAGAAGAUCUACUUGCUGAAGGCGAUGAAAAUGUCGAGGAAAAUCCAGAAAUAGCCAGACGCUGGCAGAAAUCGUUAACCAACGUUGGUCGUCAAAAUUAG